GACUGAACCCACUUUGCGGACGAAAAGUACGGACCUCCGACUGACCGCCAGCCCUAAAUCUUCUCUCUUCUCCCUACCUUUCUCCUCCUCUCCGGCUUCACUCCACGAAACCCUAGAAAGAGAAGACCCUAAGAGGAAGAGGAAGUAGGCGCAUCAAUUGCAAGAUGCCGAAUUUGGAGUGCCGGAUGUACGAGGCCAGGUACCCGGAGGUGGAUAUGGCGGUGAUGAUCCAGGUGAAGAACAUCGCGGACAUGGGGGCGUACGUCUCCCUUCUGGAGUACAACAAUAUCGAGGGCAUGAUCCUCUUCUCCGAGCUCUCUCGCCGCCGCAUCCGCAGCGUCUCCAGCCUCAUCAAGGUCGGCCGCCAGGAGCCCGUCAUGGUCCUCCGCGUCGACCGCGAGAAAGGGUACAUCGACCUCAGCAAGCGCCGUGUCUCCGAGGAGGACAUCCAGGCCUGCGAGGAACGCUACAAUAAGUCCAAGCUCGUCCACUCCAUCAUGCGCCACGUCGCCGAGACCCUCGACCUCGACCUCGAGGACCUCUACAUCCACGUCGGCUGGCCCCUAUACCGCAAGUACGGCCAUGCCUUCGAGGCGUUCAAGUUGAUUGUGAUGGAUCCUGAUUCAGUUCUGGACUCCCUCACUCGGGAAGUCAAGGAAGUUGGUCCGGAUGGGCAGGAGGUGACUAAGAUUGUGCCAGCGAUGACGCCCGAGGUUAAGGAUGCUCUGGUCAAGAACAUCAGGAGAAGGAUGACACCGCAACCGCUCAAGAUACGUGCUGACAUCGAGAUGAAGUGUUUUCAGUUUGAUGGAGUUCUUCACAUCAAGGAAGCUAUGAGGAAAGCGGAAGCUGCAGGGAAUGAUGAUUGUCCUGUAAAGAUUAAACUAGUUGCCCCUCCGCUUUAUGUUCUCACCACACAGACCCUUGACAAGGAACAAGGGAUAUCAAUUCUUAAUAAUGCUGUCAAGGCUUGUACUGAAGAGAUUGACCACCACAAGGGGAAGCUCACCGUGAAGGAGGCACCAAGAGCUGUGAGCGAACGAGAUGACAAGCUACUUGCUGAGCACAUGGCGAAAUUACAGUCAGCUAGUGAGGAGGUUGAUGGAGAUGAAGGUAGCGAAGAUGAGGAAGAUACAGGAAUGGGUGAAAUUGAUGUGGAGAAUUCUGGUGUCAGCAUGGCUGACUGAAAAUUGAACAUCUAGAUCAAAGCCGGCAUAUUGCCCAUGUUUGAGAUUAGUUGUACACAACCAGUCAACAAGUAGUGUGCUGUUAAGUCUUUUUCAAAUGUUACAAUUCAUUGAUGAGGCUAGUAAAUUGAGGUAUACUUCUGCUACCAUUCACUUGGAUGAUACUUUGUCCUCCAUUAUAUGACAAUUUUGCAAAUUUGUCCAAGCUUCCUGGUCUCUUUGCUUUUACGCCCACCGGAUCAGAGAAUGAAUGUUAGAGCAUAGUCGAUCAGCUUGUAAUGAAUUGAAUUGAAUAUUUUGAUUGAAAGAUUAAAUAACAAUUUCCAUUUUUCCAGAA